GCGUCAGCUUGAUGGACUGGAAGAAUUGAAGUCCCUGGAAAAACUGGACAUAAUAGGGUGCAAUGCAAUUGAAAGCCUACCUGAUCUAUCAAGGUUGCAGAAGCUACGAUGUUUGAAACUGAAAGCAUGCGAGAAGGUACGCCAACUUGAUGGACUGGGACAAUUGGAGUCCCUGGUAAAACUGGACGUAGGGGGGUGCAAAGCAAUCGAGAGUCUACCGAAUCUGUCAAGGUUGCAGAGGCUAAGAGAGUUGAAAACAGAAGGAUGCAAGAAGUUGCGCCAGCUUGAUGGACUGGAAGAACUGAAGUCACUGGAAGUGCUAGACAUAAGAGGGUGCAAAGCAAUCGAGAGUCUACCAGAUCUGUCAAGGUUGCAGAGGCUAGGAGAGUUGAAAACAGAAGGAUGCAAGAAGUUGCGCCAGCUUGAUGGACUUGAAGAACUGAAAGAACUGCAAGUGCUAGACAUAAGAGGGUGCAAAGCAAUCGAGAGUCUACCAGAUCUGUCAAGGUUGCAGAGGCUAAGAGAGUUGAAAACAGAAGGAUGCGAGAAGUUGCGCCAGCUUGAUGGACUGGAAGAACUGGAAGAACUGCAAGUGCUAGACAUAAGUGGGUGCAAAGCAAUCGAGAGUCUACCAGAUCUGUCAAGGUUGCAAAGGCUAAUAGUGUUGAAAACAGAAGGAUGCGAGAAGUUGCGCCAGCUUGAUGGACUGGAAGAACUGAAGUUGCUGCUAGUGCUAGACAUAAGGGGGUGCAAAGCAAUCGAGAGUCUACCAAAUCUGUCAAGGUUGCAAAGGCUAAUAGUGUUGAAAACAGAAGGAUGCGAGAAGUUGCGCCAGCUUGAUGGACUGGAAGAACUGAAGUCGCUGCUAAAAUUGGAUUAGAAGAAUAGCCCUCUAAUUCUGCAGAUUGCCUAAAUUACCGGAUUUUGUUCGGAAACUUGUCCGAGACUUUCGGCAAUGCCAUCCGCUCCUUCCAUUUCUUUUUCUUUUUUUUUUUUCCCCCUCCAAAAAUUCUUCGUGAACAGGACACAAUGGAGGAAAGAAAAUCUCAUUUGUAUUUUGGUCCUCUAGAAAUCCUUUAUCACUGUAUUUUAGGCCCCAUAUUUUGGGUUAUUGCGGGAAACGGCCUGUUGUCUCCUCAAGUCCGAGGAAAGUGUAGUAGCCGAGGAACACGAAGAAGAGAGAGCUCAACAGAGGCUCAACAAACGAAUGUCAUCAUCGGUGAAUGCUGCUCUCAAGGAAGACCUGAAAAAGGUUGUUCAAAAGACUGCUUCAACCUUUGCUCCAAGGGCUUCCACAGCCACGAAGAACCCUGUUGUGCCGGGGACUGCUCUGUAUACUGUGUUUGAGGUUCAAGGUUAUGCCUCGAUGCUGCUUGGUGGAGCUCUAUCUUUCAAUCGCCUGUUCCCAUGGAACGAACCAGACAUCUGGCGACUGAUGGGAAUGUGGUCUAUUUGGAUGUUCACAACUCCUUCACUUUGGGCCCGAGAUUGCUCAAAGAACGAGAAAGAAGCUCUCAACUAUCUGUUUCUCCUCAUCCCUUUACUAGACGUUAUAAUCCCAUUCUUCUGGAAAUCUUUUCCAAUUGUGUGGUUGGCAGACACCGUGGCCUUCUUCGGGAUGUAUGCAUGGAAGAUGGGGUGGCUUCAAAGAACAGAGUAGGAGCUGAAAAUAUCUUUGUAUGGAUACUGUCUGCGUCUUGUACAAUUAUUACAUUACAGAUGCAGAAGUACAUAUACUAGGCAAAAAACAAAAAAAAAAA